AUGGGUCCGGAAAUUCACCAACACAGCCCGGGCCGUCGCAGUAGCCUCACGAAUUCCCUUAGAGAUGGCCUACGUGGGGAAGAGCACGAAGAAAGAGCUCGUCCGCCGCGUUCUCGCUACCAUCACGGUCGAGAAGCUGAGCUACUUCUGGCAGGACCCGACCAUGAUCUGGUUCUUCUAGACGCGCCUCGAGAGCAUGCUGUUCAGCAAGAUCCAGCAGGGCAAGCUCGACGACCACGACCCGAUGAUGCUGGAGAUCAAGAAGCUGCUGAGCUACGACAAGGAAGGAGGGUGGGCAGUUUUGAGCAAAGGGUCGAACAUCAUAUCGAAUGGACAUGGCAACACGGUGCUGUCCCAUUUCAUCCGGGCCGCUUCCUCUUACUUCUCCUCCACAUAUGCAACAACAACCAAAAGAAAAAAACACCCCCGAGUCAGUGA